AUGGCGGCAGCCGAUCUAAUGGUGGUGAUCAUUGUUCUUAUAUUAGAGAGGAUAAAUUAUAUCUAUUUGUUUGCUCAUUUCUUGGUCGUAACGCCGGUGUGUUCUGUGCUACUUGUCGUGAGUCUCGCAACCAGGGACUGCUCCGUUUGGCUGACGGUAGCUUUCACUUUUGAUCGGUGCGUCGCCAUCUGCUGUGAGAAGUUGCGGAACCGAUAUUGCACCGAGAGAACAGCGACCGUGGUGGUAGCAACAGUGAGUGCGGCGUGUUGUGCCCAGGCCAUUCCAUAUUACUUUGCAAAGGAUCGAUGGCGUUGUGUCGCCGUGGCUGAAUACUUCACCUCACCCCUGUGGAAAGCCUACCAGGUAUAUCACGGCAUCACAACACCGUUACUGCCAAUCUGUUUAAUUUUGUUAUUCAAUGUUUCCACCGUCCACCGGGUGAUAGCGACAAAUAGAGUUCGCCAGGAACUUCGGAAAAGCAGCGGAAAUCGUCAUGACCCAGAGGGGCAGAACCGGAGAAAGUCAAUGAUACUGUUGUUCGCUCUUUCUGCGAAUUUCAUAUUACUUUGGAUGCACUAUCUCGUACAUUCGAUGAACUGGCAAGUGGAAAAUUAUUCCUACACAGACAGAUAUUUCAGCAAACCGACCUAUAUCCUGCAGCAAUGCGGGUUCAUGCUGUCUUUCCUCAGCAUGUGCACCAACACUUGUAUCUAUGGACUGUCACAGAGAAAAUUCAGGGACCAGCUGAAAUACGGAUCGAAGCACCUGUUUGCAGCAAUGGGAGAAAUCUGUAAAUAA